AUGGCUCGUAAAAAGAGUUUGGCUAAACGAACGGUGGUUACUGUUCGCGAGGAGCAGAGGCGAGCAAUAGAGCAGAGGAGAGGAAGCGAGAAGAAGAGAGAAAGCGAGGAGAAGAGAAGAAGCGAGAAGAAGAGAAGAAGCGAGAAAAAGAGAGGAAUCAAGAAGUUCAGAGGGAUGCAGAAUCAAAUGAAGAAUCAGAUGAGGUGGAUUCAAAUGAAGAAUCGGGUGAGGAAUCAGUAG